AUGCGUUUUUGCGCCUUGUCCAACAUAAAUCAUCUUGCCUGGUUUGCUCGACUCAAACUAUUUAAUAAUCUUAUCAUCGAAUACAACGACAGCACUGAUGCCAGCAAUAAUCGAAACAACAUUUCCAAGAAUAAUUCCUUUUUCAUUGUAAACAGUAUUAGGCAGAAUUCGAAAACCUCUGGUCUUGAUGCUUUCAGGCUAUCCUUUUCUGACUUGGCUAGUUUUACUACUUUUCACAAUAUCCAGGUUAACAAACUAUCUCUUGAUUUUUUCUUUAUUGGCUCAUCUAAACUAAAUGAAUUUUUCAAUAACACUUCAAUUAUCAGAAAGAUUAAUUUUAUUUCCUCAAUUAAUGAUUUAUCUGUCUUCAAUUUUUUGAGACUAAAGGAUCCCAAUGAUAGCAUAAAACUCGAUAACAACAUGAUAAUAAAGUUUGUUCAUUUGUUUUUAGGAAACACGAUAUCGAUUAAAAAUCUUUUGGCCUACAAUUGUAUACGUAACAUUGAUGACUUAAAAUUGCUUAAUUUAAACAAUCUCACGACAUUAUGUUUAAGUGGUAACAAUUUGGAAUCAAUUGAAAUGGAUAACUAUAAUGGUUUAUUUAAUAAUAACUUGAGAACUUUAAAUUUGGCUUCCAAUAAAUUGAAAAAAAUUAAGAAUUUGAAUGAUUUUUUGAAUUUGACUGAAUUGAAUUUAGGUUAUAAUUAUGAUUUAUUUGAUAUUGAUGAUUCAAUUUUAAAAUUGAAAAACCUAAGAGUUUUAAAAAUUUCAAAUAAUAAACUAACUACAUUUCCCAAUCAAAUUUCGCAUUUAAGUACUUUAGAAGAAUUAAAUUUAGCGACAACUCAGAUUGUUGAUUUUGCAAAUUGUUUUGAUAAGUUGGUCAAUUUAAAAUCUUUAAAUCUAUCUGGUAAUUACAAGAUUAUUGAUCUUCCAGUGAGUUGUUUUAAAAAUUUAUACAGUUUAACCUAUUUAAAUUUGGGGUUUUCAAGAAUUGGUAAUUUAAUUGAAAAUGGCCAGUCUUGUUUACUUUAUUUAAAAGACUCUUUAAAAAAUUUGGAAUUAGGUAGCACCAAUAUCACUUGUAUUGGUCAAGCAUUAAAUCAAUUGAAAAACCUAGAAUAUUUAAAUCUUUAUAAUAACAAAAUAAGGAAAAUUGAAAAUUUAUCAAAUUUAUCAAAUUUAAGAAAACUUAAUUUAUCAUACAAUUAUUUAACCCAGAUUGAAAAUUUACCAGACAAUGAAAAUCUAGCUUAUUUAGAUCUUCAUUAUAAUACUAUUAAUGCUAUUAAGAACUUGAAUAAUUGUCCAGCUUUAAAAGAACUUGAUUUGAGUCAAAACGUAAUACGAAGAAUUUCAAACAUCAAUAAAUUGAAUAAACUCAAAGUUUUGAAAUUGAAUUCAAAUCAUAUUACCGAAUUCGAUUUAAAUUGUUUUGAAAAUCUUUCUAGUUUAAAAAACUUGAACCUAUCUUAUAAUAAAAUAAGUAAAAUCACCAACUUAAAUGAUAUCAAUAUACCCUCAAUAAAAAAUUUAAAUUUAUUUUACAAUAAAUUGAAAGAUUUCAACAUCAGCGGUUUUAAUAACUUGGAGACUUUAAAUCUAUCAUUUAACAAAUUUAAAUCGUUAAACUCAAUUGUUAUUCAUAGAAAACUAAAAGAUUUAAUAUUGUCAAAUAACUUAAUUUCAAAGAUCGAGUUCAAUCAUCAGUCAUUAUGUGAGUUGAGUAAAACCAAUAAUUUAAAACGAUUGAAUCUCUCGAAUAAUGCAUUAUCAAAAAUUGAGAACCUUGAAUUGCUAAGUAACUUGCAAAGUUUAGUGUUGUCUUAUAAUCAAAUUGCCAAGAUAGAAAACCUACCAGCUAAUUUAAACAGAUUGGAACAUCUUUUCUUAUCGCAUAACAACAUUCAAGUAAUUGAAGGACUAGAAAACUUGGAAAAGCUUAAGAAAUUGCAUUUGAAUUUCAAUAAAAUCAGUAAAAUGGAAAAUCUUUCCUGCUUGAAACAUUUGCAGGAGCUCGAGUUGUCCGACAACAAUGUGAUGGAGCAGUAUAACUUGGACAGCGAGUCGCCAUACAUCCUAGUGGCGAAAGAUACCUUCGCAUAG